CUCGCUUUGUGUAGAUAGCAGGAGUCGUAUUCAACACCAUAUCAGCCCUAUCAGAGAACAGGCUCCAGUUUUACAACAUGAAUAUAUCUUCAAAUAACACAUAUUAUGAUUAUGACUACCCUGAUGAAGUGUGUGGAAAAGCAGGGGUGGUUCAGUUCGGGUCCAUCGCCAUCCCUGUUUUCUUCUCCAUUGUGAUCACACUGAGCCUCACAGGAAACAUCCUCGUGCUCGUGAUCUUGGGUUUGUAUGAAAACUUCAAGUCUCUCACCAACAUUUUUAUUCUCAACCUGGCCGUCUCUGACCUCGUCUUCACCACCGGUCUACCCUUCUGGGCCAUUUACCACAUAUGGGGGUGGCUGUUUUCAGAACUACACUGCAAAAUAGUCACUUUCAUCUUCUUCACGGGAUUUUACAGCAGCAUCCUCUUCCUGACAGUGAUGACCAUCUACAGGUACCUGGCUGUGGUUCACCCGCUUUCUGAACUGAGCACCGGGAAACUCAGCGUGGGGAUUUUUGUGUCAGUCCUGAUGUGGAUAAUCAGCAUCGGAGCAGCUAUGCCCUCCCUGCUCUAUAGCUCCCUCAUCUUGAUCCCUCAGGAGAAUGGACACACGUGGGGCUGUGAAUACCAAGCAACUGUGUGGAAAAAUGUUGCCGUCAUCCAACAGAACAUUUUCUUCCUGGUUGCUUUUGCAGUGAUGGCCUUCUGUUACAUUCAGAUACUGGGAAAAAUCACAAAAACCAGAUCUAACACAAAGAACAGAGCGGUGAAACUGGUCUUUUCCAUUGUGGCAGUGUUCUUCUUCGGCUGGGUGCCAUACAAUGUGGUGAUCUUUCUGAGGGUUCUGGCUGACCAUGUAGUGCCACCAUUUCAUGAAUGCGAAGCAAGUAUCCAGCUUGACUAUGCUUUCUAUGUGUGUCGACUCAUUGCUUUCUCCCACUGCUGCCUCAACCCUGUGUUUUAUGCAUUUGUUGGUGUGAAGUUUAGGAGUCAUUUGAAGUCACUGCUGCAUCGAAUGUUCAGUCGUCAAAGUCCGGUAGAAGAGCAGCAGGUUAGGAUGCAACACCUUGUCUCGCACGGAUCAAUGUACUAGUUCAAGUCAAUGGGUCUCAUGCAAGAACCACUUAUACUAAAAAAAAGUGUUCUCAAAGCUGCAGUGCGGAAUGUUAUUGGGUACAAAUUCCAUAUUUAUAUUUCAGUGUAUUGUCAUUUAAGUGGCCUGAGAGGAAUCAUAUCUGCCUCCUUCUCUGGACUUAAUUCUCAAGUUGUAAAACGUACU